CAUUUCUAUUCUCCCUCCCAAAGCUCAUUUACAGUUUGUGUUUAUCACUUCAAGGCCAACUUUCACACACUGAUAAAGACAACCCAUCGAACAAAUACUAUUAAAAAAAGAAAUAAUACUCUAUUACUUUAUCCCACCCCUUUUGGUCAAAAUCCCCCAAAUACCUUAUCCAUAUAUAAUAUAUAUGUAUGCAUUGUCUCAGCUAGCAAUUGCAUCCCAUCCGCUGUUCUUUGCAUAGUCCAAAAUGGAUCGCUCCACUAGCGUUCCAAGGCGUGAUCCAAAUGGUAUUGAAAAUGGUGCGCCUUUGCAGUCUGAAGAUGAUGCCUACAACCAUGCCACUGGUAACAAGAAAUCAGAUGAUAGAGUGGAGGAGAAUGGCAUUGAAUCAACAGAGAAGAUCUUUGAGUCCAAAGAGGUGCCAUCAUGGCAAAGCCAGCUGACGAUAAGGGCCUUUGUUACAGCCUUUGUGCUGGGAAUCUUGUUCACUUUCAUUGUCAUGAAGCUGAAUCUCACAACUGGGAUUAUCCCUUCUCUCAAUGUCUCAGCUGGGCUACUGGGGUUCUUUUUCGUCAAGACCUGGACAAAGUUUCUUGAAAAAUCUGGGCUUUUGAAGCAGCCUUUUACUAGGCAAGAAAAUACUGUCAUCCAAACCUGCGUUGUUGCAACCUCUGGCAUCGCUUUUAGCGGAGGUUUUGGCAGCUACAUUUUUGGAAUGAGUGAAGUUGUUGCUAAACAGUCUGGUGAAGAUAACUUUGCACAGAACAUCAAGAUCCCAUCUCUUGGGUGGAUCAUUGGAUUUCUUUUUCUUGUUAGCUUUCUUGGGCUAUUCUCUGUGGUGCCCCUGAGAAAGAUAAUGAUCAUAGACUUCAAACUGACAUAUCCCAGCGGUACUGCAACUGCUUAUCUUAUCAACAGUUUCCACACUCCCCAAGGAGCCAAGCUAGCAAAGAAGCAAGUGAGAACUCUUGGAAAAUUCUUUUCCUUCAGCUUCUUGUGGGGUUUCUUCCAGUGGUUCUUCACCGCAGGAGACGGCUGUGGAUUUGUGCAGUUCCCAACUUUUGGCCUCAAAGCUUAUGAAAAUAGGUUUUACUUCGAUUUCUCUGCAACCUAUGUUGGUGUUGGGAUGAUAUGUCCUUAUUUAAUCAACGUCUCUGUGCUAGUUGGAGCAAUCCUUUCUUGGGGCAUCAUGUGGCCUCUCAUAGAGAAUAGGAAGGGUGACUGGUAUAGUGCAACUGAAAAUUCUAGCAGCCUCCAUGGAAUACAAGGUUAUCGGGUUUUCAUUGCCAUAGCUAUGAUACUUGGUGAUGGGCUUUACAACUUUGUGAAAGUUCUUGGACGCACUUUAAUUGCCAUGUAUCACCAAAUCUACAAGAAAGAUGCUGGUGCUGUUCUCCCAGUUGGUGUUAAUAACUCACCUGUCAACUCAGCAUUGUCUUAUGAUGAUGAACGCCGAAGGCAACUAUUCCUCAAGGAUCAAAUUCCAUUGUGGGUUGCUAUCACUGGUUACAUCACCAUUUCCAUAAUUUCCAUUAUAGUUCUCCCGCACAUCUUCCCCCAGCUCAAGUGGUAUUACAUUCUCGUCAUUUAUAUUUUUGCUCCAAUCCUAGCCUUUUGUAAUGCCUAUGGCUGCGGGCUUACCGACUGGUCACUAGCAUCCACAUAUGGAAAGCUGGCAAUCUUCAUAGUUGGGGCAUGGGCUGGUGCCGCCCAUGGUGGUGUUCUUGCUGGAUUAGCUGCAUGUGGGGUCAUGAUGAAUAUUGUUUCCACAGCUUCGGACCUCACACAGGACUUCAAGACAGGUUAUUUGACCCUUGCCUCCCCAAGAUCUAUGUUUGUCAGCCAGAUCAUUGGAACAGCUAUGGGUUGUAUUAUUUCUCCUAGUGUAUUCUGGCUCUUCUACAAGGCCUUCCAUGAUUUGGGAGAACAAGGUUCAGAAUAUCCAGCACCUUAUGCUCUAGUUUACCGUAACAUGGCGAUCUUGGGAGUUGAAGGAUUUGGCGCUUUGCCAAAGCACUGCCUCACACUUUGCUAUGUAUUCUUUGCUGGAGCAGUUGUCAUCAAUGGCAUCCGAGACUUGUUGGGGAAGAAGUGGGCACGGUUUAUUCCUCUUCCAAUGGCAAUGGCAAUACCAUUCUAUCUUGGAUCAUACUUUGCCAUUGAUAUGUGUGUUGGUAGCUUGAUACUAUUCGUUUGGGAGAAGUUGAACAAGGCCAAGGCUGAUGCAUUUGGACCUGCCGUAGCCUCUGGAUUGAUUUGUGGAGAUGGCAUAUGGACAUUGCCUAGUGCAAUACUAGCUUUGGCAGGUGUCAAUCCUCCAAUUUGCAUGAAAUUUCUGUCGAGGAAAGUCAAUUCUAAGGUCGAUACCUUCUUAGGUUCUUGAAGCUUGUAACUUGAAAAGCUGGAGUCACUUGCACGCUUUAUGAUUUCUGUGUCCUUGUAUUCUCACGUUUUCCUAGUCCGUGUUUUUCAGCAUCUCAAUUCGAAAGUGUAAAGUGAUGUAUAUAGACAUAGUAUUUGGGAUCAAAGAUGCUAGUUUAAAGUGUCGUUUUAUUCUGUACCUUGUUUGAAGACGACUGCUUGUAGCCUGACAGUUUCAAUGCAUGCAUGCUAGAUUGAUAGACUGAAAUUGCAGAUUGGACAUCUAGAAA